AUGGCAAAGUCAGUUAGGACUGCACAGGAAUGGAAAGAAAAGGGUAAUGAACAGUUUAACAAAGGCAAUUGGUCAGAAGCCUUGAUUCACUACACAAAUGCACUUAAACUAGUAAAAGACAACACUGAGAAAGGAAUAUACUACAAAAAUCGAGCUGCCGCAUAUUUAAAGUUGCACUAUUACGAGAAAGUGAUACAAGACUGCAACAGUGCGUUAAAGAUAUGUUGUAAUAAAGCAUUGUAUCGCAGAUGUCAAGCACUAGAAGCGCUAGACAGAUUCGAGGAGGCAUAUCGGGAUGCGGAAAUUGUUAUUUCAUCUGAUCCCAAUAACAAAGUUAUUCAGCUCGAAGCGACGCGCUUACUUGAACUUGUACAAGAACGUCGUAAGGAAAAUGCAAGUAUUAGUGUAUCACAAAUGAUGGAUUUAACAUUUAACAUGAGCGCAGAUAAAGAGAAACGUAAAACCGCUAUAAUUAAUCUGCUUGAGUUCGCACGUAACGAAGCUGAUGCCGAGGAGAUUUUCAAAAAAGAAGGUGUAUCCAAAAUUGCACAACUUGUGGUAGUUGAAAGAAACGAGGAAAUGAUCUGUAGCGCUAUUCGUAUUGUAGGCGAGUUAUGCCAAAACAAUAUUAGUCGAACUGAAUCCAUUGUGGAACAUGUCGGGUUGCUUUGGUGUUUGGAAAUGAUGAACAGCACAUCUACAGAGAGAGUCAACGCGUCUCAAUAUUGUUUACAGAAUAUAUUGAACAGUUAUAGCGGCAUGAGUAAAGAACCUGAUUCAAAACCCGACGAGGCGUUGUGCAAAACGUAUAAAAAAGAAAUUGACACGAUUCUGUCGUGUUUGCUGAAUAGUGUAACGAGUAGAACGAUAACGGGCCUGGCUAGAGACGCAAUAAUACAACUUAUUAUGCGUAACAUUCAUUGCGGAACUGCAUUAAAUUGGGCGAAACGAUUUUUCGAACUUUGCGGUUUGCAAAAAUUGAUGGAGGUAGCCGGUGAAAUGGAGGAAUACAAAUGUGAAUCUCCGAUGGACAUUACGUUUUCCACCCGAGCUAUAAUCAGUGUGUGUUUAGCAAAGAUAUAUGAAAACAUGUACUAUGAUACUAAAGAAAAAUUUAGCAACACUAUUAAUGAAUUUAUUAAAGAUAAAUUGCUGUCGCCUAAUACAGAAUCCAAGGUGCGUGCAGUAAUAGCGAUAACAACCUUAAUAUUCGGCCCGAUAGAAAUUGCAGAUGCAAUUAUCUUUAAAGAAGGGGUGGUUGAGAUGAUCCUCGCUAUGGCGGAAACGGAUGAUGUAUUAGAACAGAAAGUGGUUUGCGAAUGUAUCGUUGCGGCUGUGACCAAAUAUAAUGAGACCAACGUGUUUAUAUGUCGAGGUGUAAAAAUAUUGGAGAAACUGUAUCAAUCUAAGGAUGAUUCUGUUCGGGUUCGAGCGUUAGUUGGUUUGUGCAAAUUGAGCAGAUUCGAAGAUACACGCUGUUACGUGGCUAUCGAUCCGUUCGCAAAUAGAGCGACGAAGACGUUGGCCAAAGUUUGCAGACGAUUCCUGAUUAAUCCCAAGAAAGAAAAAGAUAUAAGAAAAUGGGCCAUUAAAGGCCUGUCGUAUCUCACUUGCGACGACAAAGUCAAAGAGGAGUUUAUCGAGGACCAAGAAGCGAUUCAGGCGAUGAUCGAGCUUACCAAGGCUGACGAUCAAUCAAUUCUUCACGACGUGCUUAUGACGUUGGUGAACUUGUGCAACGCUUAUGAAGUGCAAGAACUACCCGAGAUGAUAGAACUAAGAGAGUUUGCCGGUCAGCAUUUUCCUGAGAAAUACGUUCUCGCCUAUGACUACUGCGUGAAACGUAACUGCACGUUAGCGAAGGCCGGUGUGACCACCGCUCUGGUGAAUCUUACCAAAACGAACAGCCAGAACUGCAAGGAACUGAUAGCCCGUGUAUUCUUCGUGAUAUGCGAUGAACAGGAGUCAAAAGAAAUAGUUAUUCGACAAGGCGGCACGAAGGCAUUGUUGUCGUUAGCGCUAGAUGGCACAGACAGGGGAAAGAAUUAUGCUACGCUGGCUCUGGUCUAUCUGGGACGUACGAAACUUCUUGAGGUUGCAUUUCCCGGUCAGAUAAUGAUGGAGGUUGUUGGGCCGAUCAUAAAUCUCCUGAACCCAGAGUGCUCCGUUCUUGAGAAUCGCAUGAUUUUAGGAGUUUUGUGUGACCUUGCCAAAGUCAGUGACAACAUGCGAGAACAUAUAUUUAAGGAAGGGGUAUUUCAGAAGAUCGAGACCUUUGUGUAUGAGCAGGACUAUUUUUUUAAAUUUUUGUCCCUUUUACUUAUAAACAUUUUAGUAUCAAGCCAUGAAGUCGCUGUCCAGUAUUUCAGGCAGGACAAUUCUCGUGUGAAGUAUCUUAUGUUAUUGUGCAAGGACGAGAAUCAACAAUUUAGCUGGUUAGCAGCUUCAAUUCUAGUAAUGCUGACGGCGGCCAACAAAGAAGCUUGCAAGAAAGUUUUCGACUCGGAAUCUUGGCUGCAAUCUCUACGCUUUUUAGUCACUAAUCCAAACUGUGACAUACAAAAAAGUGGUAUUAUAAUUGUGCUAAAUAUGAUGAGAAGCACGAUAGGCGUUGCUACAAAACUCAUGGAAACAGACUUAAUUGAACUACUGAGGUCAUUGAGCAAGAAUGAUAACGUGGAAAACAAGAUCAAGGCUCUAGCAUUUUUCGCUUUAGGGAAUGUUGCGGAACGAUCUAGUCAAGAAGAAUUUCGAGAAGCAUUCAUCAACAUGAAUUAUUCCACCGUAGCAAAGUCAGUUAUGACUGCACAUGAAUGGAAAGAGAAGGGUAAUGAAGAGUUUAACAAAGCCAAUUGGUCAAAAGCCUUAAGUCACUAUACAAACGCACUGGAACUAAAAGAAGACAACGCUGAGAAAGGAUUGUACUACAAAAAUCGAGCUGCCACUUAUUUAAAGCUACGCGAUUACAAGAAAGUGGUUGAAGACUGCGACAAUGCAUUAAAGAUAUGUUGUAACAAAGCAUUGUAUCGCAGAUUUCAAGCAUUAAAAGCGCUAAACAGAUUCGAGGAGGCAUGCCGGGAUGCGGAAAUUAUUAUUUCAUCUGAUUCCAAUAAUAAAGUUAUUCAAUCCGUAGCCACGCGCUUACUUGAAAUUGUACAAGAACGUCGUAAGGAAAGUUCAUAUAUUAGUGACAAGGUAGCACAAAUGCUAAAUUCAGCAUUUAACGUGAGCGCGGAUAAGGAGAAACGUGAAACCGCUAUGCAUAAUUUGCUUGUGCUUGCACGUGAAAGAGCUGGUGCUGAGGAGAUUUUAAAAAAAGGAGCUGUAUUCAAAAUCGCACAACUUGUGGAAGUUGAAAAAAACGAGGAAGUGGUCUGUAGCGCUAUUCGUAUUGUAUCUGAGUUAUGCCAAAACAAUAUUAGUCGAACCGAGUCCGUUGUGAAAUAUGUCUGUUUACCUUGGUGUCUGGAAAUGAUGAACAGCACAUCUACAGAGAGAGUCAACGCGUCUCAAUAUUGUUUGCAGAAUAUAUUGAACGCUUACAGCGGCAUGAGUAAAGAACCCGAUUCAAAACCUGACAAGGCGUUGUGCGAAGCGCAUAAAAAAGAAAUUGACACGAUUCUGUCGUACUUAUUGAAUAAUGUAACGAGUAAAACGAUAACGGGUCUUACUAGAGACGCAAUAAUACAACUUAUUAUGCGUAACACUCAUUGCGUAACUGCAUUAAACUGGGCGGAACGAUUUGUCGAACUUCGCGGUUUGCAAAAAUUGAUGGAAGUAGCCAGUGAAAUAGAGGAGUAUAAAUAUGAAUCUUCGAUGGACAUCACGUUUUCCACUCGAGCUAUAAUCAGUGUGUGUUUAGCAAAAAUAUAUGAAAACGUGUACUACGAUGCUGCUAAGAAAAAAUUUAGCAGUACCAUUAAUGAAUUUAUUAAAGAUAAAUUGCUUUCGCCUAAUACAGAAUCCAAGGUGCGUGUAGUAGUUGCGAUAACAACCUUAAUAUUCGGCCCGUUAGAUGUUGUGGACGCAAUUAUCUGUAAAAAUGAAGUUGUUGAGAUGAUCCUUGCUAUGGCGGAAACGGGUGACUUAUUGCAACAGAAAGUGGUUUGCGAAUGUAUUGUUGCCGCUAUAACCAAAUAUAAUGAGGUCAACGUAUUCAUAUGGCGAAGCCGAAAUAUAUUGCUGUACCUGUAUAAUUCUAAGCAUGAUUCAAUUCGGAUUCGAGCAUUAGUGGGUUUGUGCAAGUUGAUCAGGUUUAAAGACCGAUUGUAUUCUGCGAUUAUCAGACUGCGACUAUCCCGGGAUAGAGCGACGAAUAAAUUGGCCAAGAUUUGCAGACGAUUUCUGAUCAAUCCCGAAAAAGAAGAAGAUAUGAGAAAAUGGGCUAUUAAAGGCUUGUCGUACCUCACUUACGACGAAAACAUUAAAGACGAGUUGAUCGAGGACCAACAAGCCAUUCAAGCGAUAAUCGGGUUUACCAAAACUGACGAUCAAUCAGUUCUCUAUGCCGUGCUUACGACGUUGGUGAACCUUUGCAACGCUUAUGUCGAGCAAGAACAUAUACCCGAGAUGAUAGAAUGGGAAACGUUUAUCGAACAUCAUUUCGAGGGAUACGAUUCGGUCGACGAAUACGCAGUGAAAAGAAGACUGAACGUGUUAGCGAACGCCGGUAUGAUCAGCGCUCUGAUGAGCCUCGCCAAUACGGAUAAUCAGAACUACAGGGAAUUGAUAUCACGCGUUUUCAACCCGAUGUGCGGUUAUAAGAAAGUGAGCGAAAUAGUUAUUCGACAAGGUUUCACAAAGGUAUUGUUGUCGUUAGCGUUGGAUGGCACAGACAAGGGAAAGAACCAAGCUUUGCAAGCUCUGGUUCGUUUGGGCCUUACAUCGACAAUACGUCCUAAGGUUGGGACGUAUGCAUUUCCUGGUCAGAUGAUCAUGGAGAUUGUUCGGCCAAUCAUGAAUUUUUUGAAGCCAGAGUGUUCCUUUUGGGAGAAUUAUGCAACUCUGUUAGUUUUGUGCGACCUUGCUACAGUCAACGACAACAUACGAGAACAUAUAUUUAAGGAGGGAGUAUUUCAGAAGAUCGAGGCCUUUUUGUAUGAGGAGGACCACCGUUUGAGAUGUGCGUCUACAACACUUAUAAACAUUUUAGUAUCAAGCCGUGAAAUCGCUGUUCAGUAUUUCAGGCAGGACAAUUCUCGAGUGAAAUAUCUUACGUUAUUGUGCAAGGACAAAAAUGAAAAUAUUAGCAGAUCAGCAGCUUCAGCUCUAGCGUCGCUGACGUCAUCCACCAAAGAGGCUUGCAAGAAAGUUUUCGACUCGGAUUUCUGGCUAGAAUCUCUACGUUUUUUACUCAUUAAUCCAAACUGUAACAUACAAGAAAGCGGUAUUGUAAUUGUGACAAAUAUGAUGGAAAGCACAAAAGACGUCGCUGCAAAACUCAUGGAAACAGACUUAAUGGAACUACUGAGGGCAUUGAGCAAAGAUGAUACUGUGCAAAACAAGAGGAUCAAGAGAUUGGCAUUCAUUGCUUUAGAGGAUGCUGCGGACGAUCUAAUCAAGAAGAACGUCGAGAAGCACUCCUCAAUAUGA